CGCCCGCGAAAAUUUGAAAUGGCUGACGGGUUGCUGGCGGGUGGUGGGUUGGGGUCGGAGGCGAUGGCGCGGGACCACGAGCGCACCGGCUGGGCUGUGGAAGAGGAGCUGGCGCCCUUCGGGAAAGGUUUGUUUGAAGAUGAAGAUUCAUACAGUGAUUGUAGCAAUUAUGAUAAACCAGGUACUAGUUUACAAAGUUUUGUGCCAGAAGGAAAAACUAAUUUCCCAGAAAUGUUCCAGACAAGUCACCUUUUGUUCUAUGAGCGAUUCAGAGCGUAUCAAGAUUACAUUUUAGCUGACUGUAAGGCCUCUGAGGUAAAAGAAUUCACAGCUGAGUUCUUAGAGAAGGUCCUGGAACCAUCUGGAUGGCGGGCGGUCUGGCGCACUAAUGUGUUCAAGGUGCUGGUUGAGGUCACAGAUGUGGACUUUGCAGCCUUGAAGGCAGUGGUGAGGCUUGCUGACCCAUACCUCUGUGAAUCUCAAGUCAGCACUUUUACUUUGGAGUGUAUGAAAGAGCUCCUUGAUCUGAAGGAACACCAGUUGUCCCUGCAGGAGCUGUGGGUGGUAUUUGAUGAUUCUGGAGUGUUUGACCAGACAGCACUUGCAAUUGAGCAUAUCAGGUUUUUCUAUCAGAAUAUUUGGAGGAGUUGGGAUGAAGAAGAAGAGGAUGAGUAUGAUUAUUUUGUUAGAUGUGUUGAACCUCGAUUGAGAUUGCAUUAUGACAUUCUUGAAGACCGAGUUCCUUCAGGACUUAUUGUUGACUAUCAAAAUCUGCUGACGCAAUGUGAGGAGAGUUACAGGAAAUUUUUAAAUCUGAGAAGCAGUUUGUCAAAUUGUAACUCUGAUUCUGAGCAGGAAAACAUCUCCAUGGUGGAAGGGUUAAAAUUGUAUUCAGAGAUUGAACAGUUGAAACAAAAGCUAAAACUCAUUGAGAAUCCUUUGUUGAGAUAUGUGUUUGGUUAUCAGAAGAAUUCUAAUAUACAAGCAAAAGGCAUCCGUCCAAAUGGCCAGAAGGUCACCCAUGUGGUCUCCUCCACCAUGACGACUGGUCUGCUGCAGUCCCUGCUCAGGGAUAAGCUUUGUCCAGAGCCUUGUAAGGAAGAAAUAGAAAUUCAGUUCCAUAGCGAUCCGUUGUCUGCUAUAAAUACCUGCUAUGAGGGCGACACUGUUGUUGUUUGUCCUGGCCAUUACGUGGUACAUGGUACAUUCUCCAUUGCUGACUCCAUUGAGUUAGAAGGAUAUGGUCUAACAGAUGAUAUUGUGAUAGAAAAGAGAGGCAAAGGAGACACUUUUGUGGAUUGUACGGGUGCGGAUAUUAAAAUCUCAAGCAUAAAAUUUGUUCAGCAUGGUGCCGUGGAAGGAAUCUUAAUUAUUCACCGUGGCAAGACUACAUUGGAAAACUGUGUAUUGCAGUGUGAAACUACAGGAGUCACAGUACGAACAUCAGCAGAAUUUUUAAUGAAGAACUCAGAUUUAUAUGGUGCCAAGGGUGCAGGUAUAGAAAUAUAUCCUGGGAGUAAGUGCACCCUGAGUGACAAUGGGAUCCAUCACUGCAAGGAAGGGAUCCUCAUUAAGGACUUCUUAGAUGAACAUUAUGACAUUCCCAAAAUAUCCAUGGUGAGUAAUGUCAUACAUAAUAAUGAAGGUUAUGGUGUUGUCUUGGUGAAACCUACAAUUUUCUCUGACCUGCAAGAAAAUGCCCAAGAUGAAACUGAAGAAAAUAAAGCACUUAAAGUUCGGACAAGUGGAGAGGCAGAUGUAGCUGAAAGAGUGGAUCUAGAAGAGCUGAUUGAAUGUGCAACUGGUAAAAUGGAGCUUUAUGCGAGAGCUGACCUUUCUGAGCAAGUCGAAGGCAAUUGUGAAAUUGUAAAUGAACUAGUUGCUGCCUCCACACAAAAAGGCCAGUUGAAGAAGAAAAGGUUGAGUGAACUGGGGAUCACACUUGCUGAUGACAACUUAAUGUCACAGGAGAUGUUUGUUUCAAUUGUGGGGAACCAGUUCAAGUGGAAUGGGAAAGGGAGUUUCGGCACAUUUCUCUUCUGACCACUGUGAUGUAAAUAGCAAAAUACUGGAUUUUGCACAUGCUGCCCCCAAGAAUCACUGCUGCUAUCAUUACUUUGCUUCAUGUCUAUAUUUUGUAUCUGAUAUAUUCGAUUGGGUUUGCGUGAAACGUAGAUUUAUUUCUGUCUGCAGGUGUUGCACAUAAAACACUCUCUUUAUAAAGAAGGUCAUAAAAACAUAAAGUAGAAAAUAUUUGGAGAUUUCUUAUCUAGAAAGUCUUGCUUUUUCAAACACAUAGUUCUCGUAUUAAGUCUAUUAAUAACUUUCUAGUAUAAAUACACUUUAGCACUUCAAAGAGGAGGAACGAAGGCAGGGAAUGCAAGACGAGCGCACAAAAACGCAAUAGGCAUCAAUGUGCAGUAUUCUUAUAGUUGUCUUUUUAAUCCCAGUUAUAGUGAGUCUGAUAUCCAUGCUUUAUUUGCAUAAUACUUGUCUUAAAAGCUUUUAUGAUUGGGAGGUUAUCUCCCUUAUCAGGCUUAUUAUUGAGAAUCUUAGUGGGAAUGCCUUUUUAUGUUGAACUAUGUAAUCAUCAAAACAGUAAUAGCAUAGCAGGUUUGAAACAGAAAUGAAACGUGUUAUUCAGAGCCAAUGCAUAUAUAGAGCAUUUUCACUGUUGCUGAAUAUGAAUGAUUAAAAAGAAGGUGCUUUUCUUUCACCAACAGUAUUCUGAUCAUAUUUCUUACAUAGUCAAAAUGAUUACCUAUACAACCUGUAUCAGCUCUGUGUUCUUGAUAUCAUAUUGUAAAAUACAGCUUUUAAAAGUAUUUAUAUUUUUAAGAAGUAUAUGUGACAUUAAAAUUCCUACUGAUUAAAAUUAUAAUGAUGAAGUAAUAAAUUGAAUCUUGGUAUAUUUUUCCAAUUGCAUUAGGGGCCAUAAUGCCUGUGUAGCAUGUGUGAUCCUUUAAAAUACAUACAAUAUUUUGGUAUCUUUUUAGUGUUUCAGAGAGAGUAUUAAAAUUUUUCCUCAGUGAAGUCGUUCCUUAAAUUUGAAUAAAUUAUAAUUUUAUUUUUCAGAUGCUACUAAAUGUGGAAGGAUUUAUGUUAGAUUUUUUUGUUUGACCAUUGAAAGACAUUUUUCUUUUACUCUUGAAAUCCUGUUGCAAAAGUAAUGCUAAUUAAUUCUGCAUCAACUUGAGCCAAAUACUUAUUUAAAAACCAUUUAUUCAACUUAAAAAAAUCAAAUUGGUUUUCCAAUUAAAUUUCCUUUCUAUCUUAGAGUUUAGACUUUGUAUAUUUUCUUGUAACUUGCUGGAGUGUCAAGAGGAUGACAAGUAACUAGGUAAGUUACUUGUUGUUCCUUAUUAUAGGAUGAUGGUUUUUCAGAUUUCAUUUCUAUCUUAGUUUAAAUCUAAUCUUACAUUAAUUUUUAUUCAAAUUAUAAACUAUUAGUGAAUAGGCCUAGUGUAUUCUUAUUUAAGUCACGUAGAGUACUUUUGCUUAUUGGGGAGAGUUGAGCAUCUCAGAUGACUUAGUCCAGGGAGUAUAGAGAGAGCCCUGGAGGGAUGUGGAUUUGACAGUUGAGGUGAAAACACUGACAUGGAAAAAGUAUUUACUUGAGUUUUAAGUAUUAACGUAUAGUCAAAUCUGCUCUUCUGGGUCUUGUGACUUGUUUACAUAGGGCUUGUCUAUUACAAGAUUAUAAAAAUAUUUUAUAUUAUCUUCUAGUACAAGUAGGCUUGUUUAAAUUCACAUUUCUAAUCCAUCUGUAAUUUGGUUUUAUGUGUUAUAUGGUGUAGAACUCUUUUUCUCUAAAUGGUUAUCAAGUUCUCUUGAUAUUGUCUAUUGAUUAGUUCAUUUUUUCCCCACUUAAUUGGAAUCAUGCUGAAUUCCCGUGUUUGCCUACAGUUGACCCUCUGGCUUAAAAACUCCUGUCUGAUAAUCUCCAGCUAAAUGUAUAUUCUGUUACUAGGAUCCAGCUCACUAGCACUCAAUCACAUUUGACUAGAAAAAAUGUUUUCUAGCCAUCCUGCAUUGUAGCAAGUUGUUUUUCCUCCUAGUGACUUGAGGAAAAUGUAACCUCACUUCCAUUCCAUUCUUAUUUUUCAAAACCUUCUUGGCUAUUGAGCUGCUUUUUUUUUUUUUUUGUUAGCAUUUAUCAGCUUUUUUGAUAUAAUAAAAAAUCAUCAAUUUUAAGUCUACAAUUCUGAGUCUUGACAAAUAUAUAUAGUUGUGUAACUACUACCAUAAACACAAUAUUGAAAAUUUCUGUCAUCUUUAAAAGGUCUCAUUUUUCUUUGCAGUCAAUCCCCCCCUCCCCAACCUUGGACCCUGGCAACCUCUGAUCUGCUUUCAGUCACCAUAGUUUUGCCUUUUCUAGAAUUACAUAUAAAAAGAAUGAUGACUCAUUAUAUAGUCUUUUGUGUCCAUCUUCUUAAGCUUAGUAUAAUGCUCUUAAAAUACAUCUAUGUUGUUUCCUGUGUCAGUUUGUUUGUUUUUAUUGCUGAGUAGUUUUCCAUUGUGUGGAUAUUGAGUGUUGUGUAUUCAUUCACCCGUUGAUGGG